UAUCCUGACUGGCAGGCUGUGUAAAAAGAUAACAGGUCGAGCUGCUUUACAAUAGUUAGAUUGUACGUGUGUACGCUCCGCCCGGCAGCAGCACAUAACGCUACAAGUUAAUUCAAGGGUCUGAGUUUCUGCUUGAUCUGAUGCAGGGCUUCAAGAUGAGCCCGCCCUCUCGGGUCUCGGUCUCUGCUUGCCCUGCUCCUCCAGACCAACAAAAAUGACCAGACGCGGAACAGUUCAUGACAGAGCCCUGCGGAACUGAGGCGGAGAGAAGCCGUUCCUGGUCUGCAGUUUUGUCUCUAUGGUUUCUGUAAUUAAACUGCGUCGCUGAGCGCAGGGGCUCGCCACUCUGCCACAGAAGCGGGGGGGAGUUUAAAGAGGCCAGGCCAAGAGCUUAGUAGUUAUCCGCAUCUCAGCAUGCACACCACAGAUGCAGACCCGGACAUGAGCAGCGACACGGCUCCAGCAGCAGCAGCAGCCCCGGCCUCACCGAGCCAGCACCCCGGUGAGGGCGCAGUCAGGGUGCUGUGGUCGUUUGGAAAAUGCCUCGCUGCUCUCCUCCCGGUCUACCUGGCCGGAUAUUACGGCUUCAGCAUAAGCUUCUUGUUGCUCGGAGUGAUGAUCUACAUGGGAUACAAACACGGUCGGCUGGAGAAGGAGAUGAGGCUCAAGUCUUCUAUGUACCUCCUGGAGAACGAGAGGGAGUUCACCACUCAGAAGCUUUUCAGAAGCAGGAGGGAUCUUCCUCCCUGGAUCAAUUUUCCAGAUGUGGAAAAAGUGGAGUGGCUGAAUAAGAUACUGCAGCAGGCCUGGCCCUUUGUUGGCCAGUAUCUGGAGAAGCUGCUGGUGGAAACCAUCGCUCCUGCAAUUCGAGCUUCCAGCAUUCAUCUGCAGACUCUCAACUUCACUAAGGUCAACCUGGGAGAAAAGGCUCUGAAGCUGGUUGGUGUAAAGGCUCACACAGAACAAGACAAAAGACAAGUUAUGUUGGAUUUGUAUCUCAGUUACGCCGGUGAUGUGGAGAUAAAUGUCGAAAUUAAAAAGUACUUCUGCAAAGCUGGCGUGAAAGGAGUCCAGCUCCACGGAAAGCUGCGUGUAAUCCUGGAGCCGCUGAUUGGAGAUGUGCCACUGGUUGGAGCCGUUACAAUGUUCUUUAUUCGCAGGCCUAAACUGGACAUCAACUGGACUGGACUUACAAAUCUGUUGGAUAUCCCUGGUCUCAAUGCCAUGUCGGACACAAUGAUAAUGGAUGCAAUAGCUUCCCACCUGGUGCUCCCCAACCGUCUCACGAUUCCCCUGGUGGCUGACCUGCAUGUGGCGCAGCUUCGCUCCCCUCUCCCAAGGGGAGUCGUUCGUAUCCACCUGCUGGAAGCUGAGGACCUCACAGCCAAGGACACUGUCAUCAAGGGGCUGAUCGAUGGGAAGUCGGACCCGUACGCCGUGCUGCGAGUGGGAACCCAGAUAUUUACCUCUCACCACGUGGACAGCAACCUGAACCCGCAGUGGAGGGAGAUGUACGAGGUUAUUGUCCAUGAAGUACCUGGUCAGGAGUUGGAAGUGGAAGUGUUUGACAAAGACCCAGACCAGGAUGACUUCCUGGGGAGGGCCAAGAUCGAUCUGGAUAUUGUGAAAAAGGCCAGAAUUGUGGAUGAUUGGUUCAAUUUGAGGGAUGUCCCAUCUGGCAGCGUCCACCUCCGGCUGGAGUGGCUCUCUCUGCUGUCCUCUGCUGACAGACUGAGUGAGGUGAUUCAGAAGAACCAGAACUUGACAGCAAAGACAGCUGAUCCCCCGUCUGCUGCCAUCCUCGCCGUCUAUCUUGACCAAGCUUAUGAGCUGCCUAUGAGAAAAGAUAACAAGGAUCCAAGCCCAAUGGUCCAGAUUUCUGUUCAGGACACAACUAAAGAAAGCAAGACCUGCUAUGGGACUAACAACCCUGUUUGGGAGGACGCUUUCACGUUUUUCAUUCAGGAUCCUCGCAAACAAGAUAUUGACAUUCAGGUGAAGGAUGAUGACCGCGCCUUCCCAUUAGGUAGCUUGACAAUUCCUCUGAGCCGUCUUCUGGAGAGCCACGAGCUCACCUUGGACCAGUGGUUCCACCUGGAGAAUCCGGGUUUAGCCAGCCGCCUCUAUGCCAAAAUUGUGCUGAGGGUUUUGUGGCUAAGCGAUGACGCGUCUCCCACAACUCCGUCUCCACCCCCUUCUGGCUCUGGAUCUGGAAUGGAUCAGGGAGAAAUCUCGUCAAACCAAAACUCUACAGGGCCAGGCGGUCAAACUAAACCGCUGCCAUCACGACCACAGAACACCACCCCUGAUCCAGAGUUUGCAACUGAGGGAGUGUUACGAAUCCAUCUGGUGGAGGCCCAAAACCUGAUAGCCAAGGACAACUUCAUGGGGGGCAUGGUGAAAGGGAAGAGUGACCCCUAUGUCAAGAUCCGUGUUGCUGGUAUAACCUUCCGCAGCCACACCAUCAAAGAGAACCUCAAUCCUGUCUGGAAUGAACUUUAUGAGGUGAUUUUGACCCAGCUUCCAGGUCAGGAGAUCCAGUUUGAGCUGUUUGAUAAGGACAUUGAUCAGGAUGACUUCCUUGGAAGGUUUAAGCUUAACCUAAGAGACAUCAUUAGCGCCCAGUUCAUUGAUACGUGGUACACUCUAAAUGAUGUAAAAUCAGGUCGAGUUCACCUUGUGAUGGAGUGGCUGCCCAGAGUGACUGACCUACCUAGACUGGAGCAGGUUUUGCAGUAUCAGUCCCAACAGUCGUACCAAAACAAGGUUGUGCCUUCAGCGACUGUGUUGUUUGUGUACGUGGAACGUGCCCAUGGCCUGCCGCUUAAGAAGAAUGGAAAAGAGCCAAAGGCUGGAGUAGAGAUUACACUUAAGAAUGUUUCAUACAAAACCAAGAUUUGUGAGAGAUCCACAUCACCUCGAUGGGAUGAGGCGUACCACUUUUUGGUUCGUGAUCCGAGAGAUGAAACACUCACAGUGAAGCUUUCCCACAGCUGGGGCCAGACUCUGGGGUCACUGACUCUGCUUCUGAGGGAGGUGCUGUUUGAGCCAGGCUUGAUGCUGGACAAAUGGUUCAGUCUGGAAGGAGCACUGCCAGAGAGUCAGAUAUUGCUGAGAGUCACUCUCAAGAUAUUGGACACCCAGUUAGCAGUGUGUCGGGGUACACCUGGAGCAGGUGGAAAUGGCGGUGUAGAACAAUUUAUGCCCAGAUGGGUUCCUUCCCAUCUCGAUCUGAAGCACAGAAGUGGAUUUUCCAUCAUCACUGAUAAUGCAAACUCAGCUGCCCAAGUGAAGCUUACCAUCGGCUACUCUGCAGAGGAAAACAGGCUUUUCAUCAUCGUUCACUCCUGCAGAGCUCUGGCAGCCUGCUCUAAGGACGCCGCCGACCCGUAUGUUUCUUUUGUCCUGCUGCCUGACAAGAAAGCCACAACCAAGAGACGAACCACCACCAAGAAGAGGGACCUCAACCCAGAGUUCAAUGAGAGGUUUGACUUUGAUUUUGGUCUGGAGGAGUCCAUGCAGAGAAGACUGGAUUUAUCUGUGAAGCACAGUGGCUCCUUCAUGAGCCGAGAGAAGGAGCUCAUCGGCAAGUUGCAGCUGGAUCUGGACCAAAUCGACCUCAAGGCUGGUGUCACACAAUGGUAUGAUCUAGUAGCAGAAAGCACCUAGAAGAGUCCCAUUUCUGGUACAAUUCAACAUAAGCAUUGUGUUGCUUCUGUGAUCUGUGAUUUGUGCAUUUGUAAUUCAGCUUAAAUUUAAUAUUACAACAUCAGUGAAACAAAAACAGACAUUUAUGCCUCACGGAAGACACAAACCAUUAGUGUUUAUUGGAAGAAAAUACAUGUAGCUCAUGAUUCUCAAAGCAGUAAAUUUGUAGAAUCUCUUCUGCAUUGACAGAUAUUUUCACCGGUUAGAUAUUUGAUAAUAAUGCAAUCAUUUUGCACGACGAACCUGUGGUUUAUGUGUUUUAAGACCUGUCCAUGUCCUGUUUGAGUUUAUUUUUUUUUAAAAAGGGCCUUAAGCUGUGGUAAAACUGUGUUUCAAUAUUUACAACCUCCAAGACAUCUGAAAUGUUUCCUUAAAUGUUAUAUUUUACAGUCUUAAAGCAAUUCCAAAUUAGACUUUGGUUAUAUGUUUAUAUUAUUGCCUUAAGUAUUACAAAACUGUGCACAAUCUGUCAGUGUUUAUGUGUUCCAGAUGAAGUUUUAUAUGUUCUGAAUGUUACUUUUCUAAAUCGGAGUAUUACAAACCUUUAGGUCCUUGUCUAAAACAGAGGUGCGAUACCGUAAGCCGAGUCUAAAUCAUUGUGCUUUUAGGAGGACCAUACUGUGCUGAUGAGUGCUGGUGCUACAGCAACCAAUGCUUCUCUGUGUGUUUAGGUGUUUGUUGUACUGAUGCUUUCAAUGAUGUGUAUAAUUUCUCAAGCUGGGCAAGUAAAGACCAUGUUAAAGUUCACCACUAUUUUUAAGGGACACAACAUGAAAAUUUAUGAAGCUGGACAGAAGAUUAUUUGACUGUGUUGGAACUGUAGAUCAGUGCUUUAGCAUACUUGGAAGAUAUCAUUCUGCAUGUGCUAAAUUUGUUGAUUAAAGUUUGCACUCGUGAAUCAAA